ACGAGAUUUGGAUUAUUACCACAAAAAGCUCAUUUUAGGGGAUAGACUGGUUAGGAAACAAGGAGCCGUGUAUGGACGCAGCCGCAAAUCGUCGUUGUCUGCGGGAGCUUCUACCGUAUACCUCAGCGCUGGCCAAUCAGAACGCGGCAAAACCAGAGAAUGCCCCGACCCCCACGGUCUUGGCCAUGAGAGGAGGAGCUAUAAGCAUCCGAAUCACCACCAGAAUCAACCCCCAACGACCUCGACCACGGCUACCCUUCUGCGCGCGCACCACCAUCCACAACAACUCCAUGGCCGACCGCGACGGCGAUGCAGCGGCAGCAGCAGCAGCAACGAAGACUCGAGUCCCUCAACCGAUUGAAGCAGCAAAGCCGAAAGAGGGAGAAGGAAAGUCAGCGGAGAAAUCACCUCCGCCUCCGCCGCCAGAGAAGCCGGAACCGGGCGAUUGCUGCGGCAGCGGAUGCGUCCGGUGCGUGUGGGAUGUGUAUUACGACGAGCUCGACGAAUACAACAAGCUGUACAAAUCGGGAUCGCGGUGUCGUGGAGGGAAGAUGCGUAGGUCAGAGUUAAUGGGCGGUGCUGUGAUCGCGGCGGUGGCGGCGGCUCUGCUACUGUUUGGAAACGCCGUCGUUGUGGAGGCUUCAGCUUCGUCUUCUGCGGCGUUCGUGCAGAACGCCAUCUACUCCAACAAGAUUGCCAUCUUCUCCAAAUCCUAUUGCCCGUAUUGCUUGCGUGCCAAGCGCAUGUUUGCCGAAUUACAUGAGCAUCCGUUUGUUGUCGAACUUGAUCUUCGAGAUGAUGGAGCUCAAAUUCAGAGUGUUCUUCUAGAUGUGGUGGGCCGAACCACUGUGCCGCAGAUUUUUGUGAAUGGAAAGCACAUUGGUGGCUCUGAUGACCUCAAAGCGGCAGUUCUGAGUGGCCAGCUUCAGAAGCUUCUUAGUAUAAGUUGAGGAGAUAUGUUAGAUUAAGAAACACGAGCGCAGAUAUGAAGCUGCAUAUGGGGAUUAAAGAGUUAGUUCUCUGACUUUGAUGUAGCUAAAAUGAUUUUUCUGUCUGCAAAUAAUAAUUGAUGUAAUGUUGAAUUGGCACAACCUCAUCAAUUUUCCACAACAUUUGAGAAAUCAUAUGUAUUUGAUAACUAGCAA